AUGCGUUUGCGCGCCUGGCUUUUCGUCUUGCUGCUAUUAUUUUUAUAUGUAGCAGCAGAUGACACGACCUGUAGUGCAUCCAAAAAGUGCAAGCAAGGAUGUUGCAACAAGUCUGGAAACUGCGGAUUUGGCCCUGACUAUUGCGGGAAAUCAGUUUGUUGUUCCGACUGUGAUAGAAAGUCGGACUGCAACCCAGGAUUCGGCAAGCAAUGGGCCAAGAGCGAUAAGUCUGCUGCUCCAAGCAUGGAUACUGUGACAACGAAAGACUUCUGUGGAAGCAAGACGGUUAAACGGCCAAGCUGCAAGAAAGGCGGCGACAUGCAGCGUGUUGUGGGCUACUUUGAAGGCUGGGCUAAGAACCGGCCUUGUGAGGUCUUCUCGCCUGAGCAGAUUCCCAUCGGUCUAUAUACACACAUCAACUUUGCCUUCGGUACCAUCAACCCCAACACGUUUUUAAUCGAAGCCAAUGACCCCGAGGACGUGGACAUGUAUGAACGCCUGAUGCUACUGAAGAAGAAAGAUACGAAUCUCAAGAUCUACCUUGCCAUUGGCGGGUGGACUUUCAACGAUCCCGGUCCUACAGCGAGAGUUUUCUCCGAUCUGUCGGCAUCACUAGCGCGUCAAAGAACUUUCUUCAAAUCAGUUGAGUCUUUUCUGGCAACAUACAAUUUUGACGGACUUGAUCUGGACUGGGAGUACCCGGUAGCUGAAGAGCGAUCUGGUCGAGAGGUUGACUACAAGAACUUUCCUGUCUUCAUGGCUUCAUUGAAGAAGGUCAUGGGGACAGGAGACAAAGGUUUGACUAUCACUCUACCCGCGUCAUACUGGUAUCUACAAUAUUUUGACAUUAAGAAACUGGAACCCACCGUCGAUUUCUUCAACAUCAUGUCCUACGACCUUCACGGAGCAUGGGACCAGAAGGCGAACUGGACUAAACCCUACCUCAACGCGCACACCAACCUUACGGAGAUUGACCUGGCAUUAGACCUUCUUUGGCGAAAUAAUAUUAAGCCUGAUAAGGUCGUGAUGGGCCUUGGCUUUUAUGGCCGCGCAUUUACGGCCCAAUCAGCGGCGUGUCGCAAGCCAGGCUGUUUGUUUAGCGACCCGGCCAACGCUGGCGAAUGCAGCCAAGAGAAAGGUAUUUUGCUGAACUCGGAGAUCGACAUUGAGGUCCGGAACCGCAAUUUGAAGCCCGAGUUAUACAAAGAAGAAGCUGUCAAGGUUGUCACUUGGGGAAAGCAAUGGGUGUCAUAUGAUGACGCCGAUACACUCAAGAUGAAGGUUGAUCGUGCUGGAGAACUUUGCCUUGGUGGCGUUAUGGUAUGGGCUAUCAGUCACGAUACCAAAGAUGCCCGGUACAACAAGGCCUUGGCCAAAGUACUCGGCCGCGAAGUGACGAGCGGCUCCUUGGACGAUGAUGAAAAGGCGGCCGAUUUUGUCAAGAAGCCCUACGAACAGUGCCGGUGGACGAACUGCAAGGAACCAUGUCCUAAAGGCUGGGUACAUGUCGGCCGUAGUGACCCGGGGGCUCGGAAAAACGAGCUGAUGUAUGAUGAGACAGCCUGCGGCGGUGAUGGCAUCCAUUCAUUCUGCUGUCCUCCUGAUCAGGACAUCCCAAUAUGUGGCUGGUGGGGGCAUGGCAAUGGAAAGUGUCAGAAGGAAUCAUCUUGCCCUAGCGGCAUGGUCGAGAUUGGUACAAACUCGAUGAAGUGCGAGGAUCCACCACGCGUACAGACGGCUUGCUGCAAGCCCAACACUGUGAGCAUGAAGCUCUACGAUACCUGUCGAUGGGGCGCGUACCCAGAGUGCAACACUAGCCCCGAGUGUCCUGGCGACUACUUCAACUGGCCCAUGGCCUCAUCUGGGUCAGGCUCCGGUGCAUUGAAAUGCAAUGAUCUCAAGAACGACCUCGGCACUCCCAUCAUCGGCGUACAGAUGCGCAACUAUUGCUGCAACACCAAGCCUGGUCUUCGUUUCAUUGACUGUCAAGUCCGUCGUGACUAUGGUCCAGCACCAGAUGCAGACGAUCUUGCUGGCUACUGUCGUAGCGGAUGCCCCAGCGAUCGCGUACGAGUGGCCCUUGAUACAGCUUUUCACACCUGCACUUCCAAGCUAGGAGGAGGACAAGCUACUUGCUGCAAAACGGACUACUCCGAGGAGGUGCUUGUACCCAACGAAAAGAUCGCGGUGUACAGGAAAGUUAUGGACGAUUGGGUCAAAGGCGGGACAUGCCCCAACCCCGACAAAGUCUUGGGCAAGCGAUCUACAACCGACUUGGUGGUCCGAGACGACCCGAUUGAGGAUAUCACGAUUUUCCUAUUGCUCCGGAAUCUCAUAACACACACAGGCAGCGAUGUCAUGUUAGCCCAGCAAGUCCACAUCUGGAACGACGGCGUUGAUGCUAUGGAUGAAGAGUACCUCCAGUACACCUACAUCAGCACCUACAUCCGACAAAACUGGAUAUUAGAUUGGCAAGGACCUUCAGAAAUAGCUCUUGACAUCCUUUGCCAUCCACACUAUUGGGCGAAAAGGAUCAGAGCCUACCUGACGGGUGACAGCGAGACCAAGGCGAAUCUCAUGAACUGCAAGACUAGCUUCUGUGAAAAGGCUGAAGAUUGUCCUAUUUUGAGUGAUGACGAAGGCGACCAAAGCGGCGACAACAGCCGUCGCCAUGUUACAUUGUUUGGCCGUCAUGCUCAUCAGCUUUCCCAUUCACACCAUCACCAGUUCAUACGCCACUCGUUAGAAGAACGUGGUCCAGACGAUAAUAAGCUCAAGUUUAAGGUCCCAGGUGCGCCUGCAGGUGAAAAUAUAUACGAAAUCGAGGUUCCUGAUGUAAGUCUUCGACAUCCUGACGCGGACAUAAAAGACGACGAUAACGAGCUACUCGAGAAGGUGGUGCUGAUUAGAUUGCGAGAUGACUGCUGGAUCCCUAUUGUUGGUAGACUCCCUUCGGGCGCUGCAUCGAAAUAUGGUCCUAUUCCCAUUGUAUUUUGGGAACGAAUAAACAACAUAAACUUCGCAGUAGAGCCCGGCGUGCCUAACCUUCCUGGAAGCGAAGAUGGCAUGUUCCAGUUUCAACGACUCUUUGAUCGCACCUUCGAGUGUUUAGGAAGCAAAAGGAAUUACAAAGCCUUCAUGAUUGUCGACGCGGAAAUCAAUCAAGCCAAGAAUUAUGUCAUGCGCUUUAACCGAUUUCCUGCUGAGAAAAGCUUGGAAAAAUACGUGGAAAGGGACGGGGAGAGAUCCAAGGAAACGAUCAAAGCGGAGCAAGAGAAAGUGGUCAAACGGAUCCGGGCGACGUUGAGCGUGUUCUGGUACCUGGCAACGCCCACAGCCAAGGAGAAGCUCAACAAAGUUGUAAAGGACAUCCAUACGCAAUUGAAAUUCACGGAGGGGGUCUACAACAAGAGGUUCCCGAACGAGAAGGUUGUGGCUUCGAUGAGGACGAAUGUGGAGUCCCAAAUCGCACAGACGCGGCGGCUGCUGCGGGGGUUUGACGAUGAGCUGGCUAAGGAUAUGCGCGUCAACAUGGACAACUUUGAGAAGAACUUGAGGGGCGGCAGGAACCUUAGGAUUGAUACCAGCGGCUUCCCUAAAAUUGAAGAUGGGGACACGGAGAUGGGAGGUACCUCCUAG